CCUGAUCCAAAUGCACCAAAGCCUGAUCCAAAUGCACCAAAGCCUGAUCCAAAUGCACCAAAUCCUGAUCCAAAUGCACCAAAGCCUGAUCCAAAUGCACCAAAGCCUGAUCCAAAUGCACCAAAGCCUGAUCCAAAUGCACCAAAUCCUGAUCCAAAUGCACCAAAACCCGAUCCAAAUGCACCAAAUCCUGAUCCAAAUGCACCAAAGCCUGAUCCAAAUGCACCAAAUCCUGAUCCAAAUGCACCAACCCCUGAUCCAAAUGCACCAAAGCCUGAUCCAAAUGCACCAAAGCCUGAUCCAAAUGCACCAACCUCUGAUCCAAAUGCACCAACCUCUGAUCCAAAUGCACCAACCUCUGAUCCAAAUGCACCAAAAUCUGAUCCACCAAAGCCUGAUCCAAAUGCACCAACCCCUGAUCCAAAUAAUUCAUCUUCUGUUACUCCUUCUGACACACCAGCUGCUAAUACAUUUAGUAGUGAUGGACCUAAUACACAAAAUCCAAUAGAUACAAAUACAAAAUCUAGUGAUAGUCCAGUUGUUACUACAGUUGCUACUGAUAACUUAAGUUCAACUAGCUCAACUGGGAUUAAUGUUUAUCCAAAUACCACUGAACCAUGUACAAAAGCUGAUGAUCCAAGAUGUGAACGUAAAACAACAGACCCAACAGUGGUCAGCACAACAGAAGAGAAUGAAAUAAUCACAGAUCCACCAAAACCUACAAAAACCACAACAUCCCAAACCCAAUUAGGCUCAAGCCAAAAAAAAUCAACCAUAACACAAUUCAAAACAUACACCACCACUUCAACAUUAUAUUUCCCAGGAUACACCACUUAUACAUCUUCAACAGGGGACAAUGGACAAUUAACAACAUAUGCAACUUACAUUCCACCAAGUACUGUUGUGGUGGUCAAGAAAGUUACCUCAGCAACUGUAGAGGAAAUUCAAGAAAGUAAUUCUGUUUCAGCUGGACAUCUUGAUCUGGAACUCUCAAUUUAUAAUUUAUACAGCAUUGCUACAUCAUUAUUUGUUAUUUCUGUGACAAUGCUUUAUUUAAUUAUUGCUUAA